CCGAUGAUCGCUCACUUGCACGAGUGGACGAUCAAUUGCUUUUAUUGACACGCGGUACCGCGAAAACAAACAACGAGUGAAAUCCACGCGAGACGGCAAGGAAGAAAACACGGAUAAUUCAAAUAAUUUUUUACAAAACGUGCCAAAGAAAGAAAAUGGAUAUCAACAUGCGACUGACAGCAUCAGUAGGCGCAAUCAUUCUGUUGAUUGGAUCUUGCGCGGCUAAUCAGGACUUUUUGAUAAAUUCCUUGAACGAAUGUGUAAAGAUGGAAUCCUGGACGUCUUGUUUGAAGCAUCAAAUUUUGACUCGUCUCGAUAACAAAUUGGGGACCAUCACGGAAGCGAGAUCGCUCGAAACUAUUGACGAGGCGAUCGUCGCUAGGACCUUGAAAUAUCUCAAGAGUUUCGAUUACGGAAUUGAUUUACCUUUUGUCGAUGCAAAUUUGAAAUACAGACCUAGUAGAAGCCUGGCUGAUCUUGACAUUGAAUUUAAGAACAAUGACGUAGAUACAAGUCAAGCUCGAGGACUUUUGAAAAAGAAACUUCUGCUACCGUUCUUGCUGCUGUUUAAAUUGAAGUUAAAGGCUCUAAUGCCUAUUUUUGUCGCUAUUAUUGGAAUAAAAGCUCUAAAAGCUCUUGUCCUGUCAAAGCUUGCCAUUCUUAUUGUGAUUGGAUUUGUUGCUAUACAAUUCUUCAAGAAAGGUGGCAUGAUGAUGCCGAUGGGAAUGACCAUGGAACCGGCAUCGACGUAUGGUGUUCCAUCUAUGCUCUCGACGACGUCGAGCUACGAUCCCGCCAAUACGUGGGAUGGUAACGGUCCUUAUUCCCGUGUUUGGACGCCAACCAAUGGUGUGGAGGCCCAAAACCUUGCUUAUAGUUAUUACUCGCCUGGCAGCUCCAAUUCAUACAGCUCAGCAGGAUCCUCUUCAUCGUCCUCAUCUUCAAGCAGCUCAACGAAUUACAACUGAACUCGUCCUAAAAUCUCUAAUGACGCAUCGAUCAAUCGUCCGAUAUUGCUCUUGUAAACGCAUUCCCGAUCGUACGUCAGCAAAUAAGUUACGACCAAAGAAACGCCAAAUAAUCAAGUAGCUCGCUGACGAUCGAUGACAUUGCGAUGUCAGUUUCGUUAACGAGAGCGCCAUUCAAAGACUGUCGGCUCUAUGCCGGCUAUAAUCAUAGAAUCGUUUUGUCGAUUCAACAAAAGUUACAUUGAGCGGAUUUGUUAACUUAUCGAGAAAUUAGUUGCGCUAAUUAAAUUUUGGAUUAAGUUUAAAAAUCCGUAAUAUUCUAAUAUGCUAAUUGCCUGAUAUUCAGAAUAUAUCGCAAUUAGAAUUAAUUUAAAUUUUUUUAGAAAA